AGCGAACUGCAGGAGCUUGAACUGCGAGAGCUUGAACUGCCAGAGCUGGAACUGCUAGAGCUGGAACUGCUAGAGCUGGAACUGCAGGAGCUUGAACUGCCAGAGCUUGAACUGCUAGGAGCUGAAGCUGCUAGAGCUGGACCUGAACAGCUAGAGCUUGAGCAGGUAGAGCUGGAACUUCUAGAGCUUGAACUGCUAGACGUUGAACUGCUUGAGCUGGAACUACUAGAGCUGGAACCGAAGCUGGAACUGCCAAAGCGUGAACUGUUAGAGGUGGAGCUGCUAGAGGUGGAACUUCUAGAGCUGAAACUGCUAGAGCUGGAACCGGGAGAGCUUGAACUGAGAGAGCUGGAACUGCAAGAGCUGGAACUGCAAGAGCUGGAACUGCUAGAGCUGGAACUUCUAGAGUUGAAACCGGGAGAGCUUGAACUGAGAGAGCUUGAACUGCUAGAGCUUUGGAACCGAGGAGAGCUUGAACUGAGAGAGCAACUGCUAGAGCUGGAACUGCUAGAGCUGGAACAGCUGGAGUUUGAAAUACUUGAGCUUGAACUGCUAGAGCUUAAACUGUUAGAGCUGAAACUGCUAGAGCUGGAACUGCAAAAGCUGGAACUGGUAGAGCUGGAACUGCUGGAGCUUGAACAGCUGAGCUGA